AUGAAGAUCCCCGAGACGCCUCUGGUUCGCAAUAUGGUGUCGAUGAUGACCCUGACACCGUAUUACAGGGAAGAUACGCGCCUUGAUUUGCAGGAUCUGGAGAAGCGGACCGAUGAGGGCGUGUGCAAGAUGGACCUCCUCCGCAGUUUACACCCAGUUGAGUUCGAUAAUUUCAUCGAGAGAGUUGACCGCGACAGAGACAUGUUCACCAUUAGACAGGAAAUAGAAGACCGGGUUACAGAUUCACCUGAACGGCGUAAUCUAGCCCUACAAGACAUCCGCGCACAAAUGCAGCAAUGUGGGCUGCUCCACCGAUAUGAUCGAUUCUGUGAAAUGCUUCAAGAGUGGGCAUCCUACAGGGGCCAGGUGUUGAUGCGCACAGUCUACGGCAUCAUGUACUAUGAACAAGCGGCUUAUAUAGAGGAAACUCCUCCAGAGGAGUUGCAUCUAUGCCGAGACUCCAAUCGGCUUGACGAAAGCCAACUGGAUAUUAUUAGGAGCCCAGAGGGGGCACUUUGGAAAGAGAUUGUCGGGUUUGCUCCUCCAUAUGAAACGAAGCAGUCAACACGGGAGCUCGCCCAACUGAAAUACCAAUAUGUGGUUGCUGCCCAGGAGUUUGGUACUUUCGUGCUGUUCAGGAGCUCGCCCAACUGA